CUAGAAGUAAUAACAUCUAAGUUGUAUUAAUAGUGGAUGAUCCUGAACUGACUAAGCAUGAAGCAACAGGUUAAAUCCACUGCUCGGAUGCAUAUUAUAAAAUGUAAUGAGAUCUACAUUGCUCCAUCUGGUGUCCAAAAAGAAAGAAUUCAGCCUGAAGAUAUGUUUGUCUGUGACAUAGAAGAACGGGACAUCAGUGGGCCUCCACCACACAAGAAAUUAAAGAAGAGUCAGUGUACUCCGCUCUUCAUGAAUGCUUAUACCAUGAGAGGAGCAGGGGCAGUGAUCCAUACUCACUCCAAAGCUGCUGUCAUGGCCACUCUUCUCUGUACAGGAAGUGAGUUCAGGAUUACUCAUCAGGAGAUGAUUAAAGGAAUCAAGAAAUGCACCACUGGAGGAUAUUUCAGAUAUGAUGACACCUUAGUCGUUCCCGUUGUUGAGAACACACCUGAAGAAAAGGACUUGAAGCAGAGAAUGGCACAAGCCAUGAAUGAUUAUCCAGAUUCCUGUGCUGUAUUGGUCAGGCGUCAUGGAGUUUAUGUUUGGGGAGAAACUUGGGAAAAAGCCAAGACAAUGUGUGAGUGUUAUGACUACCUAUUUGAUAUCGCGGUACAAAUGAAGCAACAUGGCCUUGAUCCUGCUACGGUUCCUAAAGAAGAAAAUGGGAUUAUUUAGUACUUUGACACUUUGUUCCAAGACACCCCUAAUGUGUCAAUGCAAUUUAUCAAGGGGCUUUUUAGGCUUCAGUAUCUAAAUAACUCUCAGUAUUUUAUAAGACAUAUUCUUCACUGUUUCAGAGGCACUUUGUUUCUAAUUAUGUGUCAUUUUACCCUGUUUAUUAAGCCUUGACAAGCCUUCAAGCCUGAACUCCCACCUCCAUAUUGAGGUUCAUGGGUUCUGCCAUAUUCCACAGAACAACUGACAGUAAUUUUGCCUUGAGGUCUUCCUUGUGAUUCAUAUUCUAGAAUGUUUUAGGCAGCAUAGCUUUAUCAAAAUGUGAAGGUCUUGUUCUGUUGUCAUUUAAAAAAAAUAAAACCUGUAUUGCUUUAUGAACAGGUAAUCUGGUACUUGCUAAGAAAGUGUUCUAAUUAGGGUUGCCAAACCCCCCCCGGUUUGCCAGGGGUCCCCCGUUUUGGG